UUGGGGUGUUGGAUCCUAUAAAAGAGGGAAAUGAGUGUUACGGACUUAUGAGCAGAAACUGAACUCUUGGUUGUUGUUCUUUACCGAUUCAACGUGGUAGUACCCUUGAGCCUGCAGAAUCUGCACUUUUUUUGCCUUCACUUUGAAUCGGGAGAUAUCCUUUCCAUUCAAGGCCGCAACCAGAAGUUUCAACGAAAGUCUCCUCUCCCAACAAACAGCUACUACCUUCUCUUCUCAACACUAUUGGAAUCACCAUCAUCUCAAUAAUUCCCUUUCUCUUUCUUUUUCUCUCACACACCCCAUGAUGUCAAAAGUUGUUAUUUUCUCUUUAUUCCUAUCAUCAGUCCCGACCAUGUCGACUCCCUUCCGUUUUUAAUAUUUCUUUCUUGCUUUCUCCUUCUUUUAACCUUUUUGGAAGAUUUCUUUCUCCAACAUAAAACCCGUGGAGUGCCUAUCCUAAAGGUUUAACCUUCCCCUUCACGAUUCUCUCUCCCUCUCUCCCUCUUAUUCCCAAACCAAGCCCCUAUUUGUGUUCAUUUCGCGUCACAUUAGAAUAAGAAACGCAAUAUGGAAGACAGUAUCCUAUGCAAACACACAGUGCAUCACACCGUUACCAAGAAACUCAUCUCCCCCAAAAAAUCAUCCCAAACCAAUUCGACGACAGAGCGCAGAAUAGUGCGGAUUUCAUACACUGAUCCAGACGCAACCGACUCCUCCAGCGACGAGGAAGGUUUCCCCUUCGUUCGCCAAAGAAUGAAGCGCUAUGUUAACCAGAUUGAAAUAGAAACCGCCGCCGCCGAAAAAGUUGUUCGGAAAAGGCCCGCCGGUGAGGCUUGCCGCCGGCCGGCGAAGCUUCACUCCGGGAAGAAGUUCCGCGGCGUCCGGCAGCGACCGUGGGGGAAAUGGGCGGCGGAGAUUCGGGAUCCGGCGAGAAGAGUGCGUCUCUGGUUGGGAACCUACGACACCGCCGAAGAAGCUGCUAUGGUUUACGACAAUGCCGCUAUUCGUCUUCGUGGCCCUGACGCGUUAACAAACUUCGUAACGCCGCCGAAAAGAGAUUCUCCGUCUCCGUCUCCACCGCCGGCGGCGGCGGAGACUCCGGCGGAGGUUUGCGAGAUGAAGGUUGUGGUCACCGAAGAAGCCUCCGGCUCCGGCUACGACUCCAGCGAGGAUCAUUGCCACCACAACCUCUCCUCUCCGACUUCGGUUCUCCAGUUCCGAAGCAACUCGAGCGAAGAAAAUUCCGAGUCUCAGCAGAAAGCAGAACAAGUGUUGAGAGAAUGCGAGGGUGAGACAGAAACGAGUUUGUUCGAGGAAACGGGUGAGUUUUUGGCGCUGGAUAACAUGCCUUUGCCUGCCUGGGAUGACGUGUUCAAUUUCGAAACGCCAGAGUACCCUCCUCUUCUGUUUCAAGAGGAGGAGAAUCUGAAUCUACUUCAUCAGUCCCAGAUGUUGGGCGAAACGGUGCAGUUUUCCUCGGAGGAAGGGUUCAGUGAUGAAAGCAGUAUCAUGCUGGCCGACUCGCUCAUAGAUUUCGACAGAGCCUGCCCUUCACCAUCCUCCUUGUGCCAAGUGGACGAUUUCUUCCAAGACAUUUUGUUUGCUUCUGAUCCUCUCGUUCUGCUCUGAACACUCUUAAAACUUACUAAACUGUCAUUCGUUAAUCGUCAAUCGUCCACUUCACGGCUUGCCCAAUAUUCAUGGCAGAUUUUUGCUUCCGGUGGUAAAAAAAAAAAUGCCUAGUUUCUAUUUAAUUAAAAUACUAUAUAUAUAUAUAUAUAUAUAUAUAUAUAUAUAUAUAUAUAUAUAUAUAUAGUUUUAUUUGCGUAUUUAUUUAGAUGUUUUAGAUGCUCCGUUACAAAUAGCUAACGGGGGGAUGAGUUGAGAACUUGUGAGCGAAGUUUUGUUUAAAUUUUAGUUAUAUUUGUAAUCUUUUUGCUUAAUAAGUAGGAUCGUACGUUGAGACUUGAGAAUGUAA